GAUUUGAGAUGUCUUAGAAUUGAUAAAAAUAAUUUGAUCCUGGGCCUUUUUUUGGCAAAAUCAGAGGGUAUUACUCUUGUAGAAUUGUUCUAAUAAAUAAGUGUAUUGGUUUAAUAUGCAUUAUUUAGAAAAUAUUGAUGGCAAUGUUGUUGUGAAGUAGAUUGUGAGGAAUCCUUUAUUAUGUAUGUUUAUAAUAUGAUCCAGCUUUAUAUCUUUUAGAUUUUUUUGAUAAAAUGAUAACCUUGCAUGGCAAAACCGUCUUCCGACAUUCUUUAUCAACCUUUCGAGAAAGUCAAGCCUGUGUAUUGUACUGGAACCAUUCUGUUAUUGAGAAUAAGAUUGAAAAUAAAGUAAAAACGAAAACGUUUUGUACAUGUGCAGUAAAUCAGUCAAUCCACAAGAAUGCAUAUCAAACUCGAAACUCUGGUUAUCCACUUAAAAAGUAUAAUUUUAACAGAUCAUUUUCGAAUUUGAACCGUACUUUUGCUGCAGUAAAUAUACAAUCCUUAAAUGUUUUUAAACGACAUUCUGUAACAAAGGCUUUAUUAAACGCAAGUCCAGAUUCUAUUAAGCCAUAUUUAAAUUUAAUUCGAUUUGAUAAACCAAUCGGAACUUGGCUUUUAUAUUUACCUUGCACGUGGAGUAUUGCUAUGGCAGCCAAUGAAGGUUGCCUACCAAAUGCUAAGAUUCUAGCAUUAUUUGGUACCGGUGCUUUUAUUAUGAGAGGAGCUGGCUGUGUGAUUAACGAUAUGUGGGAUAGUGAAUUCGAUAAGAAGGUUAAAAGGACUUUAUCACGUCCAUUAGCGUCUGGAGAAAUAUCUCAUCAGCAAGCUUUGGUCUAUCUUGCUGGAUUGUUAUCAUGUGGUUUAGGAGUAUUGCUUUCUUUAAACUGGUACAGUGUCUUUCUCGGAGCUGCAUCCAUGGGUUUAGUUGUAUCUUAUCCACUCAUGAAACGAUUUACAUAUUGGCCUCAGCUUUUUUUGGGUAUGGCCCUUAAUUGGGGUGCUGUGUUAGGCUGGUGUGCGGUACGUGGCUCUUGUGACUGGCUUGUGUGUUUGCCUUUAUACACCGCCGGUGUGUCGUGGACGAUAAUUUACGACACCAUAUAUGCACAUCAAGAUAAAGAUGACGAUCAACUUAUAGGCGUUAAAUCUACUGCAUUGUUGUUUGGUGAUCACACUAAAUUAUGGCUAUCCUGUUUUACUGCAACCAUGACAACAGGAUUAUGUAUCUCUGGUUAUUUUUCCGAACAGUUGUGGCCAUAUUAUCUAGCUGUGGCAGGAAGUUGUUCACAUUUGACUUGGCAGAUCUCCACUGUCAACUUAGACGAUUCCGAUGACUGCUUCUCAAAAUUUCGUUCUAAUCAAUUACUUGGUGCUAUGUUGUUUUUUGGUAUUGUUGCCAGCACGCUUUUAAAAAAUUCAAAGAAAGAGGAGACUGGUGUAAAAGAUAAUGAAUGAGAAUGUAAAAUAUAAUAAUUUGAUAAUAAAUAGAUCUUUUUACAUGUAGCGUUCAAAAUUUUUUUAGUGUGUGUAUGAGGUGUAGAAGAUUUCAAUUUUUCCUCACAAAAAAACGUGUAGUCGCGAAAAGAAAUUCCUGAGAAAUGUAUACCAAUCGAUUUGUUGAAAGGAUUGCUUGUGAAUAGUAUUAAAUUUUAAAAAUAGUGUGAUUCACAAAGAUUUCUGUAUAUAAAUGAAAAUUUUCAGUAAAUAGCUAAAGCUGAUGUUUCCUUUACUGACAGAUCUUGAAAAGGGAGAUUUUCUGGUUUUGUAGUUUUAGUAGGUCGUCUUGGUGUUUUAUGAGUAGAAUAUUCUAGUUCAUGCUCACAAUAUUUUUUGAUACAAUUUUUUUGUCCUGUUUGAUCUAUAUGAUAUGUAUAUACGAAGAUGGUGCUUUCCUUUUUUGAUUACCUGACUGAUACAAAACAACAGUUGUAUGAAAAAUGCGAUAGUUCGAUUUAUUGCUCAUUAUAACAAUUUAAAAAGAAAUUUCUAUACCACACAAGAAAAUAUAAAUGGCUAUAAUCAUCUUUUCGUUUCAGUUCUUAUAAACACUGAUUCGAAUUUGUUUUUGUGAACUUAAAAAAGUUUAAAAUCGAACGAUAUUGAAUUCUAAAAGUUUCGAAAUCGAACAUGUUUUGUUUUUCUAUCUUGCUGACUUGGAAAUAACAACUUUAAAGAAACAUCUACAGACUUUUUGUGUGCAAAAAAAAUUGUAUUCUGGAUCUAGAUGCAGGUAAUAAAACGAAUACUGAUCACGCAAGCUCGGUCUGUACUUUUGACCUUGGCCUUUGUAUUUUUCAGUGCCACAUAAAAAACAGUGCCUGUUUAGUACAAACUUUAGCAUAUUUAUGUAAGUGUAGAAUUAUGAACUUUGCAGAACAUCAAUUCUUUAUUUAUUUAUUGUAAUUUGUCUUUCACAUUUUUAUUCGUUAAUUUGGACUUUGGUUCAGUUCUGGUUUGUAAAUUACAGUGAGUUUGUUCAGUAAAAAUGUACUUUUUAAGACAUAAUGUGAUACUAUACCUCUUAGUCAUAUUCUGACAUAUUAUUUGAAGUUUUUGUGUUCUAAUCAGGUCUUUUUUGAUUCUGGUCUGUAAAUUACAAUGCCUCUGGUCUGCAUAAUGUAGUUUUUAGAACAUCACAUGGUAAGAAUGAUUUAUUUCGCAAAACAGUUGCCAUAUACCAUCCUGAUUAUUCACAUCCUUACCUAUAUUUUAGUUAUUUCAGUUUUUGGCGGUAAUUUGGACCUGGUCUGCAAAUAAAAAUAAAUCUGGUCUGUAAAAUGUACAUUUAAAAGAUCACGUGAUACCACAUAAAAUUGUUUGCAGAAUAGUAGGUAGUAUAACCACCAUGUUAAUGCAUUUUCUUUUCAUGUAUUGACGUUUUCUACUAUAUUCUUAACAUUUUUGACCAUAUUUGGUAUUGUAAUUUGGCGCAUGCGCAAUAAUAUUUCGUAAAAAUAUACGACUUUGUCAUGUACUA